AUGGAAGAUCCUAACAUUACUGCAGAUACUAUAUCACAAGUUCUUCUUAUUUCUUGGUCAAUUUGGCAUAGCAAAAAUCAGGUUUCUAAGUACUUUCAUAUUAAAUGGAAUCCUCCAAAUCAUGAUCAAAUUAAAAUAAACUUUGAUGGUUCUGAGAGGCAGGGUAUUGCUUCUCUUGGCUUUGAUUUUAGGAAUGCUAAUGGUCAACCUAUUUUUGCUGCUUCUAAGAAUCUGGGACCUGCUUCAAUUCUCAUUGCAGCAGCUACAGCUCUCAGGGAUGCUUUACAUGCUGCUCAACACUAUAACUUUUCUAGAGUUUUAGUUGAAGGAGACUCUAAAGUGCUUAUGGAUUGCAUUCUCAAGAAGAUAGGUACUCCUUGGCGGAUUAAGACUUUGGUGGAGGAUAUUUGGAAGAUUGCUUCUUCUUUCUCUUUCAUCAGGUAUUUUUGA